GUGAAAAAGAUAUUGGAUAUUGGUGUCCUUGUACCUAAUUUGAAGCUGUACGCUGUCAACUUCUGUUUUCGGUUAUCGGUUUGUCUUAUUCUCAUGUUUGCGUUAUUUUCGAUUGUUUUCGAUCGCUUUACUAAUUAAAAAUAACCUUGUAGACUACCCAAUCGUCAAUACUAAACUUUAGGUCGAUCAUUCGAGCACACUUUUUGGAUAUCUUCCUAAUCAUCCUUCUCUAUUCCACCUGAUUUAUUUUGGUUUCAAGUUUUUACUUUGUAAUGUUUGCGAGAUUACGUAAUUGUGAACGUGUGAUAUCUGAUACAUACAUUAUCAAUCAAAAAUUACAUACAGGAAGCACGGUUUUUAAGAACAGUCGUGUCGGAGUGGUUCGUCGAACUAGAGAUUGCUCCCACCCUCUCACUUAUGAGCAGACGAAAAAGCCACACCAGAUUGGUUUGAUGAAGUCUUGGAACUCUUGGAAUACUUCAAAUUUGGAUGGAGAAGACCGUUACACUUCAGAAGUUACCCUUCAUGAUCAAUUUAUCCGGACAUUUAUUAAUGGGACUUUUCCUUUAAUGGUUCAAAGCGAAGUUAUUAUCAAACGACAAUGUAACGUAAUACGUGUAGCUUUUCUCUUAUUAAAACGAGCAUCUCCAGGUGAAAUUAAUUUCCUAAUUGGUUAUACAGAAGAAAUGCUUUCUAUUAUACUUCGAUGUAUUGUGAAGUUGGAAAUACAAUUAAUAACAUCUAAAAAAGAUGUGAUAUUUCGAUAUGUUUAAUCAUUGUACUGAAUCAUUAGUAAUUGUAUUGUUUUUUUAUUCUUAAAAAAACAAUAUAUAUUUUGUACAGUGUAUUAUUAUUAGUAAUCUAUGGUCUAUUUAGUCAAAAUCAUUGUCGUUAAAUUCUUAUUAAUCCAAUAAUUUUCAAGAUAGUUUUCUUGCAAAAGUUAAUAUCAGUGUUGAAAAAAAAUAAAGAAAUAAAACUACUUCGUUUAUUCUAGUAAUGAUCAGUAUUAGUUAGUGAAGACUAUGCUGACACCUUACUUAGUGUGCUUCGCGCUAUGAUUCUUUGGAUGUGAUCAACCUUUUG